AUGGCGAAUCAAGUGAUUAGGGCUCUGUUCGUAUACAGUUUGGCUUUGUUUUAUGGCUUUAUGGUAUGUUUUUUUCUGUUGUUGAGUGCUAUUAGGAAACUUGAAAUACCGAGAAGAGGAAAGCGACGAGAAAAACGUAAGUAACGAUCGGUAAAUUUGCACCGGUGCAAACUUGGCCUGGUCGAUUCAUCUUGUCUGUUGUGCUUUGUAUCUUUAGUUAAUUCAGUCAUCUUUUUACGUUUGAUAGUGCUCACUACAGCAGGGACUCUUCCAAACAUUAGCUUUACAUCAAUUAAGGAGAAAGCUGGCAAAAUUGCUUCUCCAUUCAGAGCAUACUAUUUUUAAAGCGGCACGUGGAGAAGAAAGCGAACUGUUAGCUAAGCUUAAGCUUAUGUAUGCAAGCUCAUUUUGGGCGACUACAAACUGGUUUUCGUAAUGACCAUAAAAAACCCAUGUCAUUAUUUUUCUCUGUGAUGAUUAGUUAAUGGUUAUUUUAUAUGUUUAAUACCAUGCUUUGUUUUCGAUUCAUUGACUGCCCAAAGAACUGCUAUGAAGGACCCGAUACAAAUAAACAAAUCGAACAAAUAAACGCAAGUGAAAUACUUUUUUACUAUGCGUAACCGUAAAAUGUUAUUCCCUGUAUUUGUACAGUGACUUUUACUAUUGCAGAAUAAGGUGCCAAUCAAUUCGAAACAUCAGCAUCCCCUCACCCCCUCCCCCCCGCCUGGGCAAUCUCUGGGGCAUUUGAACUUUUUAAAGGGACAGGUUCACGGUAUUGUGCAUGUGUGAGUGUGACAGUAGCUGAUUGUUUUUAAACCAAUCGGAAGCGAGUUGGAUGUACGCAGGGAAAUUUACACAGGACUGAGUAUUUCUGGACAUUUGGUUCGAUUUUAUAUGUCCCCAUAAUUCAUAUUCUUUGCUAUUCCUCAGAUAAUUACGUGUUGCAGCCGGUAAGAAUAAGAUUUACAGCCCUGUCCUGCUCUGAAACAAACAUUUACCUACGUGUAUUUUUAUGAGGUCUUUUACAUACCCACACUAACAAAGCAGUCACCAAUUGGCAAACAAAAUUUGUAAACAAACCUAAAUAGUAAUUAAUUAAAAAUUUAUUAUAACGCGCUUAAUCCGCCUUUUCCAAAAAAACCUUUUGUUAAAUAUGGAGAAACCAGUCGAUGGCUCCAAACACAGUCAGAUUUAACUAGAUGAAACACACAACAUAAGCAUACAAGUUUCUAACAUGGCGGUCCACUCACGAGCUGACCUGCUUUAAUGCGCAUGCAUUAAACAACAACCGCUGACAGAUAAAUAGCGAAUACACCUUUUAUUACUGAUCUCUCUGUUCGCUCUAUAUAAACCUAGAAAUACCUGCAAAUAACACCUGACCGAUGACAAAAACACACAGCGUAUGAGUAUAAAGAUUAUCCUAAAUUGAGCUUAAUUUUCAAUUGCUUUUCAGCAAAUGAAGGAUGUUAUAAACAUCCACCAGGCGAAUGUUAAAAUCCUAAUAGGUCAGUUUUCAAAACAUGUCAAUCAUGGGCUUGAUACUUAAUCCAAUUGGCUGAAAUUAACAUCAAGGCCAAUCUUUCAGUAAUCAUUUAAAAAUAUGUUGUUAGUCAAGUGUAGGGAGAUUUCUGUACAGAAUUCAUUGUUAGAAUUAGAAACUGGAGGCAUCAAUUUCAGCUUGAAAGGAGAAUAGAAGAAAGCAGUUUUCUUGCUUUCUUCUAUUAUUUAAAGAACCAUAUAAAGGAAAAGACCUGUCAGCUAGAUGAGUUUUACUGACUGUUUUUGAGAAGUCUCCCAGUUGCUUGUUUUACUCACUAGAAGAAAGAAAGGAAAAAUCAUGCUGCCUGUGUGAUUGUUAUAUGCCGUUUGACCACAAAAGCCUGUCAUAUAGGCUAUGUCUUAUCUAUGAAUCUGAAGUUUAACAACUGCUAAAGGAUUCUGCUUUGCAUAUUCUUGCUUUGUAUAUAUGAAUUAUUUAUGUAUUUAUUUACUAUUUUUUUUCUUUUUAACUGGAAAUAUUUGAUUUUAUUGUUGUCCAUAUAUAUCUUUUUAUUUCAUAGGUUCCCCAAUUAUGUAUCGGUCAAAUCGAAGCUUCAACAUGCGCCCCCCCGGGCAUACCCCGGGCAUUUGACCCCUUUGCCAUCCCAGGGGGGGGGGGGAAUUUGAUUAUCAGAGUCUUCCAGGGGGUGGGAAUUUGAUCCCCAUGCUUUAGGGGUGGGGAAUUUGAACUGCACCCUCAAUUUCAUGUAAAAUCUUUGGUGUUGCAAGCUAUCAUGGGGGACGCGGUGUUAGAGGAUUUUCGUGGAAAAGAUUGUGCCUUUGUGGCCAAUUGGUUUCGAGGAAAGGGCUUAAACAAGCUUUGUGCCGUAUUUGAAGUAUUUACAUUUUAAAAUUUUUAAUAUUGGAUUCAGGCUUUGAAUGUAUGAAUGUAUGUUAUUGUUGUGUUUACAAUGAAAUACAUUACCUAUACCGGCGAUUCAAUACAACAACAUAAAAUAGCUCAGGUCAACUACUUUGACCCACUGAAAGUAUGUUAAUUAAUAAGGUUAGCGAUGAUGCAUGUCAGUGAAAUGGCCGUGAUGUAGUAAACUCAAUAGGUGGGAUCUUUUUUUAUAGAACGCUUUGUAUGUUGCAUGACGAAGAAAAACUGAGCAUUCAGGGACCUUGUAGCAGCGAUUUCCCUGCUUUGCACGAGACUUUUGUUCGUAGUAAAUACGCUAACAGUGUUUCUCAGUUUUUGGUUAUAUUUAUAAAGAUUUUGUUCGACAACUGAAGGCGUUUCCGCCGUCCUUCUGUCAUUUUUGUGCCUGUGAAAUGUCCCCGGGGUGGGGGCAUUUGGUCACCUGAAUGGACCCUAGUGUGGGGCAUUUGAACGGCAUUUUUGCCCGGGUAGGGGGGAAUUUGAACAAUAAUUUUCAAAAAAGUCAAAUGCCUGGGGGGUGGAUGUUAAAGCUUCGAUUUGACUGAUACAUUAGCUUCAUAGCUAAAGUACCUGACACUUAAAUAGAGUUUAUUAUUAUUAUUAUUGUUAUAUUUAUAAUUAUUCAUUAAUGAAAUCUUUGGAUGGCCACGUUUUUUGAAGCUGUAGUUUGCGUUGCCUUUUUGUGUCUUUUGUGUCUUUAAAUACUUUAGUUUUUUUUCGUGUAAGAGUUCCUGUGUGUUUUAAUGAAUAACAAAACUACAAAAGAAUAAAGUCAAUCUUGUUAAAGGGCCAUGAUUAGUUUUACUAUAAUGUGCCCUUCUCCAUUCUAAUUUUCUUCUUUUAUUAUCAUUAUUAUGUACACGUAGUUUAAGCAACUUUGCACCAAUUGAUAUUGUACAACUAAUGUAUUAUUAAUAUUGUACAACUAUUGUAUUAUUGUACAACUAAUGUAUUAUAGGAUGGAGUAAAAAAUAAAAUACAAAAAAUACAAAUACAAAAUCUUCAUGGGGGUCAUAUGCUUGACCUGGCUUGACUGUUAAAGAGUUGAUGUUUUCAUUUCACUAUAGCUCCUGCAUGCCUUCUUGACCCUGAACUUGGUGAACACCAUUUCCUGAGAACAGCAUCAAAUAUCAGGAUCCAUUAUGUUGCUAAAGGAGACACAGGGAAACCACUUAUGCUGUGUAUACAUGGGUUCCCUGAGGUAAUGCACACACGUUGCUGCUGUUUGUAUACCAAAGCCAUUAAAAAGCCAUUAAAAAGCCAUUAAAAAGUUUAAAUCAUCCUGCCAUCUGGAACUAGAAGUACAAGGGUUUUUUUAGUUAAUCAUUAAAUUUUAUUAAUGAAGUUUACCAUACCCUAAGAGAAACAAAAAAUGCAUUGAGAGGACUCACUCCAAAAUAUCAUUAAAAAAAAAUUAGAAUAGAAAUAGUAAUUAGUCAAAAGCAGCAGCAAAACAAAGAAGAUAUUUAAGGAAUGCAAACAAAUGGAACAUACAUAUUUAGGUAUUUUAAAUUAUCUUCAAUUCAGAUAUAAAAAAACUGGACAUAACAAAAUAAAUCAUUAUUUUGUUCUGGAGACAGUAAUUAUAAUUUGCGCUUUAGACACAGAAGACCACCUGUUAGUAAGGGCUAACAAGGGUAAACAUGCAAAUAAAAGUUGCCUGAUGAUUGCUUCGCAAAAGGCAUUCAAACUUUGAGUAGCAAUAAAUGUUCAAGAUUUAAUCCAGUUCCAUCAGUCUACUUGUAAGUAUAUUUUGUAAUUUAUUAGCAGAUGUAAUGCCAUUUUUCAAGGAAAUACUGUUAAUACAAUGUAAACCAUUAUUAUUAUUAUUAUUAUUAUUAAUACAAAGAAGUUAAAUAUAUAGAGGAUAUUACACGGUGGCACGAAGAUAUGAAUUUUAUUUGCGAGUGGCAAAACAAUAGUUUAUGAACGAGCGCAGCGAGUGAGUAAAAUAUUGUUUUUGCCACAAGAAAAUAAAAUUCAUAUCUUCAAGCCGCCGUGUAAUGUUCCUUUUAUUAUAUAGACAAAAAGACAUUGAUAAAAUAAUAGAGGGAAAGGACCGAAAUUACGUCAUCGAUAAACUCGUGUGAGAUUAUAGAAAAUAAACCACUCGGGUCCUGGAUGUAGUUUUUAUGAAUUUUACGAGUGGUAUAUUUUCCAGUAAAACACUCGAGUCUAUAUAAUAAAUAAUAAUGAGUAACUUAGAAAAUAUUAUGCAUUGAAAACCACUGACCCUGUUUUAAAAUCACUUUGCAGUUUUGGUAUUCCUGGCGAUAUCAGCUGAAAGCUUUUAGUGAUAAUUUCAGGAUGGUUGCUGUAGAUUUGAGGUACUGUAAAAAGUAUAUAAUGAUUUGUAAAAUACAAAUUGCAAGUAGCCAAACUGUAUUUUGCAUAGCUGCUACAACUGUAAAACAUACCUGAGUAAUUAAGUUACACAAAAAAAUGUGGGAUUUUUGUCCAGUUAGCUAACUCAUUUUUGGCAUCCUUGAGACUGACAGAAAUUAUAGCUCAGUGACAUGGUAAUUUAAUUCAAAACUGUUGAAUAUGCCCUCCCCUAUCCCAUUCUCAGCAGUUUAUUUUGAUUUCAUGAGAAACAAAAUUAAAGAAUUUUUAAAAAGCUAAAUCUUACAGCAGUAUUUUGUAUUUAAGGGGCUAUGGUGAAAGUGACAGUCCUAAAGGGCGAGAACAUUACAAGACGUCAUUAUUGGUUAACGACAUUAAAGAAAUUGUAAGUGCACUUACAUGUAUUGCUGAAACAACAUAUUGAGUGAAGAAGAUAUAAAAAUGUUUAAUCCUCUGCAAGGCUGUGCUCUAAAGAAAAUUGAAGGAAGCCCAGUGUCCCGAAACUGCAAAAUCUAGGGUGCCCAGCAUAUGAAUUGUAUGAAAAAUCUGAGAUUUUCUAGUUGCCCGAGGGCAAAAGUAAGGUGCCAGGGGUCACUGGGCCCUGCUAGAGCACAGCCCUGCUCUGUAUGCACCUCGUAAACUUUGUUAUAAAAUAUUUUAUAGAUUCAAAGGACACUUUUAAAUUAAACAUCAUAGUCUAGAAGAUUUUGUAAAAAGAUCACAAAUGUAAAAAAAAAACAAAAAAACAAAACAAAACAAAACAAAAAUUAAAUAAAUAAGAAUAAUAAAUUUUUUCUUCAAUGUCUGUACAGCUUUGAGUACAUGUUGUCUAAUACAGAAAUAAGGGCUAUAAUAUCUUAUAUUAUACUGUGUUGCAAAGGAGGUCAUCAGAGUUUUCUUGCCGCUGGUAAAAGAAAAUUUUUAUUUUUUUUAUAUCAAUACCCGUAAUGUGCAGGAUUGGUAAUGUGAGCUCAGAAAAGAUAUUAAUACAAUUUAUUAAUUUAUUUACAGAUUGAGGCACUUGAUUACAAAUCUUGCACUUUGCUGAGUCAUGACUGGGGUGGAGCUUUGGCAUGGUAAGGUGGCCACUGCAUCGUAAUAUAAUCUCACGGACACUUGUCCAUUAGACAGAAGUUAUCAAGCCAAUUCCUCUAACUCAUGCUUGUGGAUGCCAUCUAUCUGAGUGACAGUAAUUACCCUUCUUGAGAAGUGUUGGUAUAACCUGUCAAUUCUGAACAAACAGAAGGUAUACCAUGAGCUGGUAUACCAGAACAAGUCUUGUAAACAAAUGAUUACAGGCUCUGCCGCCCUUCCCCACCCCAGUUUCCUUCUGUUUUAUUUUUAUCUUUGCGCUUUCUCAAUUUUGCUGACCUGACUAUCUCGGAGCCUGAAACAGGCUAGCCUCCCAUACAGAUAUUCUUAGGGGUUCAUUACGUGUUCCUGCCCCACUAACCUGUGAUAAACCCCUAAGAACGUUUACGGGGGAGGCUAGGAAUAGCCACUUCAGUGAGGGCAUGGUAUUCACAGGCAAGCAAGAGCUUAGUAUGUCCAGCAGUCAUAUUAUCCUUGAUUUUAAGAUCAUAAGAGAGUUGGGGAUGGUACAGAGACCAAGCAGCUGCGACGGAGACUAACAUAGCCAUGUAAAAGAUGCUCUUUCCUCUGUUAAGAACCUGUGUCAUUUUAAAGAAGAAACCCUCGUGACCCAGAUUGUUGGAGUCAGGGUUGUUUAGUCAGUCCCCUCUUCUCUUGUGCUGACCAAUUCAACUUACUAAACCCAAAGGAGUGUCUUAUUAAUUUGAUAAAUCUGUCUACGUGUGUUUUAACCUCAGGUCUUUUGCACACAUGCAUCCAGAGUUUGUAGACAAAUUGAUAUUUUGCAACAUCCCACACCCAAGGUUAGUUCUAGCACCUGCCACCUCCCUUAUUUGUUAUGUACAGUCAUUUUUACAGUCACCCACCUAAUUUGACACCUCAGUAUUACAGACAGUUUGCUUUGUCCCUGGGGAAAGAAAUUUCUUCAAAUUCACUCCCAUAAAAUGGACACCCCGUUAUUAAAUAUGGACACUUUCUGUGACCCCCCAGUGUCCAUAUUAUCGGGAUUUGAAUGUAUAGAUAAUAUGAACUAUACUGCUAUAUACUGGGUUUUCUGUUUCACUAAUUGUCAGAAAGUAAAAAAAAUUAUGAACUUAGUUUCCACCAAGUAAAACUCUACAACUGUUCGUAACUCCAUAAACACUGCUUCCGUCACGCUUGACUAUACACGCCAAACGUUUAACUUUCUUUGCUUGUAAAAAAUAGUUAAAACCUCGUCUGGACUCGUCUACUUAUAAACUUUGACGAUAAAAUUCUAGAACUUCUUCAAAUACUCUAAUUAUAGAAAGAUUACAAAAAUAGAUGCUUUAGAAAGGCUUAAACAAGAUCCUAAAAUAAAUAAACUACGAACCCUCGUGAAGCUUCUAGAAUGCCAGCCAGUCACCGAAAAAAAAAAUUUGGUAACACCUCUAUGCCUGAGCCAAAACCGCUCGCGCAUGCUCCAUACUUGAUCUGAUUUUCUAAAACAGCGCUCGUGUAUUCUCUGAUUGUCUUAGCCGAGUUAAUCCAGCUAUCGAGCGAAAGUGAUCAUUAGAUUCAAGACGAGGAUGACCACGAGUACGAGAUUUGACUCAAAGUUUUUUCGCGUAUUCUCAAAAUAUAGACUCCCCGGAAAGCUUCAUUUUACCAUUUUUCACCUGAAAAGUUAGCACUGUUACCUUUAGUGAAGGAGGUUACACCCUCUCCCGAUGGCAAAAUGAUAAAACUUCUAACAUUUGAUACCGUAAAAUUCCGAAAAUAAGCCCCUCCAACUGAAAUAUAAGCCCCCCAAACUGGUAACGCAAAAAACCCUCCGUCCAAAUAUAAGCACUCCCGGGGGCUUGUACUUGGAAAAGUGUCCUCAAAUACUGAUUAAAACAAAGCCAAAACGUUAAAUUUACUUCCAACUAUAAGGCUAGCCCAAUCGGUUUUGAAACGCAAAUUUCCCUCCGUAGAUAAGCCCCUCCAAAAAUAAGCCCCUUAAAAAAGGGCCUUUGAAAAAUAUAAGCCCCUGGCUUAUUUUCGGAAUUUUACGGUAACUUGUUUUCGCCACUUCGACAUUCUCGCUAAAACUCGUAGUAGAGUGUAGUUUUCCCGCCAAAAUGACGCUGGUUCACGCGCGUGUACCACUUAGUACCGAGAAAAUCACGUACUCGUUGUCGUCCUCGUCUCAGAAUCUUAAAGUCUCUAUUAUGGAAAAACGUUGGCCUGGCUAGGAGGGUGAGCCUACCAUCACAAAAGGGUUGUUGGCUCGGCUAGGUGGGUCCCCCUUCUAACAGGGCCAAUCUUUUUGUUUCGGCUCGCCACGUUGUGUAAGGAAAUCAGUGGCUCGCUGAGGGUAGCUUGUGUAGGCGGUGACCCUUCAACCCGGGUAAACUUUUCUCCAUAUAGAGUAAACAGGGCCUAAUGAAUGUGAUAGCAGGUUUCUCUGUUUCUGUCCAUCAGAUGCUUUCAGAAGUACUUCCAAUCCUCCAGAAAACAGUUCUUUGCCUCUUGGGUAAGAGAAACUUUGCUGAUGGGUACUACAUGUAUGAUAUUAAGCACUGAGUAAUUUUUAGGAGUCCCUCAUCCCUAAUCACUUAUCAAAAGUCCUGUCAGUGGAAAAUUAGCCCUCUGGCGCCCCUCAUUCCCCCUCCCCUUUUCAUCUUUUAAAGCCUGGCCUGCCGCUGAGUCUUGACUGUAACUGCAAGGAUCCUCCCUACAGCUGUUUCUUCAUUCCGCGGUUCAGUUAGAUGAAAUUCAUAAAUACAGUGAUUUUGUUACAAAUGGUUAGGGUGAGUCCUGAGACUCAUCUUGUGAAACAUCAUGAGUCCCAGUCUAGAACCACUGAGUCGCAGUUAAAAAAAAAAAAAAAAGAAAAUCUGAAAUUGAAAAUGCUUGGGCCUGUAUUUGACAAGGCAGAUAAAAGGCAUUCUUUUGUAACGCGCAACGAAGACUAAAAGAAAUGUGCGUUGUUAAACAACAGCCACAGAAAUCUCACGAACAGUAUAUUCUAUAAAACAUCUUCAGAUCGAUCGAUCUUUGCUUCCUACGGGACACAUUCCAUGAACUUUUGUGCAUCUUUAGCGAUUUUUAUGCGUUGGUGACGCUGGAAUCAGAGGUAACAAAAUCACUGGUAUUACACAUACUAAUUAUUAUUUCAUUCGUGUUUGUAUUAACUCUCUAAGCCUCCUAAAUACAUAUAAAUUCUCCACAGUGGCAUCCAUACAUUGCCUUGAAAAAUUAGUCGAAAGAAUUCGUAAAAAGAUCAAAGCAAUUUUUCCUUUAGUGAUUAUCUAUCAAUUCUCUUAACCUUUCUACUUGAUUAUGUAUUGACGUGGUUUGGAGAAAAUAAUUGUUGGUCGCUCUUGGAACUUAAAUGGUUGAGACGAGUUGUUUUUUGUUUUUCAGUACAUCUUUUACUUUCAAUUGCCAUACCUUCCUGAGUUUACGAUUGAGAUGAAUGACUACAAGAUGUUAAGCAUGGCUUUUAAGGUGAUUCCUUAGUAAAAAAACCUAACGUAGAUUGUAGAUGAAACUUGGUACACUGAUGUAACAAGUCAAGAAGAUGACAAAAAAAGUAAUAAAAAGUGGUGGUCACCCGUCACUGUGCUCGUUUUGACGUCACAUUGCUGACAAAUACGGCUAUUUAGAACCCUCUGGCAAAAACCGCGCGCAGCCCAAAACUAGACAAAAAUUAAGGAGAGAUUUUUUCGAUGAUGCAUGUGGUAUCGCACAGAAUUUGAUUUAAAUGUUUUAUUUAUCCACUUACGUACCAGAAAUUAAAAUGCCUUUUUAUGCUACUGUUUUUACUUUACGCUCCAAAGUAGACUUAAUUUGGACACGCUGUAUUCGACCUGUAAAAGCUCAAUCCGUACAAUUUAGUAAAAUUGCCAAAAAACUCAACAUAGAUUUAUGCCCAUUUUUUUAUCAUUGAAAGGGAGGAUUGUUCUUAUUAAAAGUGGGGGACACCGUACUCGUUUUUGCGGUAGAGCAGCAUGUGUAGAAAGUGUGCACCACAUGCGUUUCCUCCGAUUUUUGAGAGAGGACUGGGGCGAAUUUUUAAAGUGGCAUGUAUGUGAAAGAGGGAAGAAAGCAUUAAAAAAUCCGUUUUUCCAGAAUUUACAUCGAGAUAUCACAGUUAGAACGCAGUGUGAUAAAAAUGGUGCUUAAAUGAAAAUCAAAGUGAGAUAGCACAAGGUUAACGUCCACUAUCGAGGUUCUCCGUAAGAAUGUCGAACUCAGCAACACGCGUACUGCUUACGUUAUGCACAUUCCCAACACAUUGAGUCUCCUCUCGGCAAGAAAUAACCGCAACCGAAAAUUCUAAUAGCGUUUCUCUUUAGUCAACUUCAUUUUAAUAAUGUUACUUUGGAUGCUCUUUUUCACGGCGGCCAUCAUGUUAUGCGGAAUAAGAGAUGCGCAGUGCAAAACCAGCGAAUCACCUUAAGGUCCAGUGCUGUACUGUGCAAAAUUUGGGACCACAGUCAACCUUGGACACCAUAACGAAAACGGAUCUUUAUAAAGUACAGUCUCGUUCUUUUGAGCCUCGUCGCGAUUACUCCGGGUUGAGUUUCCCUGGAUUCGAAUUCUUAGGCCCGCACAUAAACGUUAGCCUGCAAGAGCAUCCGGUUUUUCGGCUCUAGUUUUGAAACUAGAAACUAGUGCCGAAAAAACCGGAUGCUCUCGCAGGCUAAUAAACCUCGGCGUCGUAUUUUUCACAAAGUGUGUUGCAUGUCCAAAGUUGCUUAUAAAAUAACAAUACGGGCAACAUUUUCGUUCAACUUGUUGUGCAGCAUAGUUGUUUGUCAAAUUAAAAAUCGUCGUUGCCUGUUGAUAUCGCCUCUUGCGUGCUCAGCUUGUUACCGAACUGAUGUUAGUGUUGAAAGUUGCGGUUACAUGUUGCAGAAUUUACACUGAGGCUAGACCCGAAUUAGUACUACUUUUUCGGCGCGCAUCACUGCGCCUUUGGUUUUUUGAUGUGCUUGUUUUCGCCGUCGUGGUGAUUUCCUUAAGCUGUCAUCAUAGACUUCGUAGUUAACUUGGUUGAACUGAGAGCUAGCAAACUAUCACAUUUGUUCCUUUGUUUUCACAAGGACGUGGGUUUCACAGAUGAAGAUGUGGAAGCGUACAAGUAUGCUUUGAGUCAGAAUGGUCUUAGUGGUCCUUUGAACUAUUACAGGAAUGCACUGUUAUCUUCUGAUCGACCUCGGGGACUGUUUAACACCAAGAUAAAGGCCCCAACUCUUGUUGUGUGGGUAAGCAUAUAAUGUCAAAACCAAAGCCCCCAGGAACCUCGUUGCUGCCUUUGCCUUAAGGUGGGAACACAUUAGGCGAUACGUCGCUGCAACACUUCGCGGCGACAAAUCACUCCGUGUGUACAGGUCGGGCGAUAACUUGCUGCAACAAGUUGAUCGACUCGUCGCGGCGACAAAUCGCUUCGUGUGUACUGGUGAAUUCAUGUGCAAAUCUUUGUCUUAGCAGGCAACAAGUCGCACAAAUUUAGUCUGAUUUGCUUUCGUGCAACUUGUUUCGGGGACAAAAUUCUCCAGUACACACGGAGCGAUUUGUCGUCGCCGCAACGUGUUGCUGCAACUUCUCACCCAGUGUGUUCCGACCUUAAGGAUGCUGGGAAGCAAUCUCGUUCCUAGGGUGUCUCGUCUUUCCGAAUGAAGCCAGAUUGGACACCUUAUGAAUUUUACACAACGCAUUAUUUCCAUAAUGGAACAAGACUGGAAUGUAGAAUGAGGCUAGAAUGGCUGAAGAAACCAAAACUACAGAGCUCCAGUUAUGGAGAGAACACAGUAGAGAGUUAUGCACUGAUCUGCAGUGAUUAGGGUUAAGCACUGAACUGAAAACGGUUAGCUUUCAAAUAUUGUAAUGGGGUACGGCAUAUAUAAGAACAUGUAUAUUUUAAAAAUUACUGGAUUUGGCAGCUAGUCCUCGAUGGUGUAGUGGAUAUGGAUUUAGGAUAUAAAGCAAGUGACCCGGGUUCAUAGCAUCACAGUGGAGUUUUUCUAUUUCACUUUUAUAUUACACAGUAAAGUUGGACUUAAGUUUUUCUUCAUGUAAUUUUACUGAAAGAAGCAAUCUGACUUCAGCCGAUGUUACCUAAUGCUAACCGGCUAAGAAGAGGGGGACAAAAGAAAGCGCGCGGAGGACGAUGGGAAGGGGUAGAGAAAAAAAUAGACAAGUUUCUCGUUUUCCCAUCCAGAGGCAGGAGCUGGAGAUUUAAAGAUUUAUUUUGUUUUAUCCUUCUUGAAUUACAUGUAUUAACGAGUUUUUUUUAAAAAUCAUUUUUAGGGCACGGCAGAUAAGGCACUCACUGUUGAGACCUUGGAAGGAACAGAGGAAUAUGUUGAAGAUCUGACAAUCAAGUAAAUGGCUUAUUAUUACUCAUUAAAAAUAUUUCUCCUUUUAUUGACUAAGAUCACACGCAUAUUUCGUCAUAACCAACUUUUGUUGGCUAAAUUUGGAAGAAUUUGCCAAAUUGAACCGAUGAUGUCAAAAGUGCAGACCUGGGGACGAUUGAGUGAGUAAUGGCGAAGUAAGCCGUAUAAAUGGCGGAACAUUUUACCUCGUUACACGGCGAACUGUUGUCUAAAAACAUAGCAAGAACAGCAAGAAGACAACUCGACGGACGGCAUCUUCUAUUUGGAGUAUAUUUGCAGACCUUAACAGCCCGUUAUCUUAUAAACUUCCCGAUAAAGGUGCACUAUCGAUAUGAACUUAACGUCGACGGAGGUGACCAUGUUUUAGCUUGUUUUUAAACCUAGAACUAUUUUGAAUGAAUAAUAAAGCAAUUAUUGAAUUCGGCUUUCGUAGGUUAUGAAGAAUUGGAUAGUGAUUUAUCCGGUCGAUAACGCUAUCAAACUUUUCAACAACUGGGACGAGCAAUCUCUAUCCAGUGGAGAACGCAACGGUUUCCCUUACUCUCAUCCAAUUGAUAGUGAUUUAUCCAGUGAAUGGCUAUAUCCCGUUUUUGAAAACGGGGGCCUUACCUGCAACUAGUGGAACUACCUUAUGGUCUUCCUAACUUACUUACCGACCAACCAAGCCAAAGGAUGAACUGCGGACCGACUAAAAGCUCGAUCAACCUGCAGACGACUCCAAUAAACAGACGUACUCGGAUUGACGACCAACUUACUGACUGAAGUUUAAUCGAGCUUUUUUGAGAAAUUUUCUUCCAACGAGACUUGAGGCAGUGAAAUUUUGAGCCAUUGAACUUUUGGUAUUAAAAAAAUGGUUGACUAAUUGAUUGAUUUGUUAUAUUAAUCUUGCAUAAUAUUUCAACAGGUAUGUCGAUGGAGCAAGUCACUGGGUUCAGAUGCAUGAACCGGAAGUCGUGAAUCAGCACAUCCGGGACUUUUUAGCUGCUCACCCGAACUGAAGGCGUCAUUUGGGAGCUUAAGCAACGGCGACGGCAAUGAAAACGGCAAGAAAGCAGUAGGCUUAGAUUAGAAAAACAACAUUUUAUUUGCAUUUAUUUGCCGUCUUUGCACAACUACGGCGUCAAACUUCCUAUAAUUUUUAUAGUUUUACGUAGAUCGUCAGACACGAGACAACGACUUUAUCUUUCUUUUUCUGAACUUAGAUACAGUCCUUUCGAAUUUAACUCCAGAAGAAAUCUGCAUCAUAUGGUAAAUUGAACGAGAUAGAAUACAAGCGAUAGGAAGGAGGUCUUGCGCCUCGCUUCUGUGACUUACAUGACCCGUGACAUAAAUGACACUUUCGUGACAAAUCACCCGGAUGACAGGAAAACCCUCCUUUGCUGGUAGCUGGAGAAAUACAAUAAUGAUCAGUCACAUUCAGAAUAAAACCAUUUAUUUCUUUCAGAAAUAAAUCUCAUUUGAUUAACGUUUUCGUUCUGGUUGCCGUCUCGGUUGCUCAAGCCCCCUAGUAAGAGAACGGUUCUAUUAAAAGCAUUCCACCAUAAUGCAAAUCGAGUGAAAACUUGUAGAAAUUAGUCUGCAACGAACUUGACCGUGGCCACCCAUUGUUAAUCGGCCAGUCAUAGGCCUCCUUGGCAACAAAGGGGCCUGCUUUUGUUAGUUAGCUAACCAAUAAAAAACGAGAACAUCUCUUUAAAGUUCAUAAUGUCGGUAGUACCGGUUGAGCUCAUUGCAUUGUCUUGAGUCAUAGAAAUGAGAUGUGAUUAUUCUUUGAAGAGUAUAUCGUAAAUUAAUUAUCAUGGACCAAUCAAAAUGCAACCAAUAAGGAUUAUAUAUGUAGUUGUAUGUUUGAUACCUAUAACCAAACGUAUGUGUAGUAGCGUAUUAGUAUAUAGCACAAAUCAGUUAACCCAAACGACUGAAACGAGCCCAAUCUUCUCUUGGUUGACUGUUUAUUUCAUUAAAAAGAAUCAAUGUGUAUGUUUGAUAAGUUGGUCUAUGUCUACGCAUGAUUAAAGUUCAAAUCAUUUUAACAAUAGAAGACUUUGAGGAGGGGGUUGAAUGUCCACGCAAUUCAUUCUGGGUGAUCCAUCCGCCAUUUUGCCUUUUUUCAACGGAGAAUCAGCAUAUACGCCAAUCCCGUCCCCAGGGUCUUCUCGCUUUCAACACUUCCACAUUUCCCAUAAUGCACCUUAUUUGCUCCCCCCCGCACCCCCUCCAAAAAAAAAGUUUGCAUAAGUAUUGUUUUCAGUUUCUCUUGGGACGGUUGUAAUACCCAGGAGAAAUGAAAAACAAAGGUUAUGCAAAUUUUUUUUUUUGGGGGGGGGGGGCGGAUAAGGUGCGUUAUGGGAAAUGUGGAAGUGGCGUAUUACCAUUGGGCUGUGCCACAGGCCGCCCAUGCAAUAAUAGGAGACUUGAGCAUGUACACCACGCAAACGUAGUCGUUUUUUUCAGAUGAAAAUCUUGGUCCUGCAUGUGUUUUGACAGUCAAAAUAAUUUAAGAUUAUGAAGUUCUCCGAAUAAUAAAGCGGUUGGAUUUAUGGACGAAACUUUUGGGUUUGUGGAAGAAACUGUGGGAUUUUGGGACAUCUCCAUUGUGCUUCAAAAUUUUGCCUUAUCGUAAAUGACCUAAUAAACGCCCACCUCUGAAUAUCUAAUAAAUUCUCCUCUCUACGCUGUUGGCAUUGUAUUAGACAGCCCUCUCUAAUAAACGCCCCCUGUCUAAUAGACACCCUCUACGAGAAUUUCUCCAGUUCCUUGCUUGAUUAAUAAGGCAUUGCGUGUUUUAUCUUGUUCAAUUUCAAAGUUAAAGUGAGGAGAAACUAACGAUGGCAACACAAUAACCCUGAGCGAGGAUUCUGACAUCGAUCUUGGGAUUUGAAAGAGCGAUAUGGAUCUCUUGAGGGCCUAGACGUAUUAACUCAUGGAAUGGAUAUUCCUCUUUUUUGACUCUCUGGAUAUUUCUGCCGAAAGCAUACAGUAUAAGUUCUUUUGAGCUUGUUACGGUUAUGAGAACAAACGCCCCUCUUUUUAAAAUGCUUCCUUUCUAUUACCCCCCCCCCCUCCCGCCAACCCCCGCUUGUACCCCUUAAAUUCAGAAGCCCCAGGUGUUUAGUUUAUUAGGUCAGUUACGAUGAGCCAUUUUUCCAGUUUUUUCCUGUGAUGCGCUUCGGACUUGAGGGAGCCAUCGUCUAGACUUGCACUACAUACGGCUGUUGGUACAUGAUGGCGAACAAAUUGAUUAGGGCUCUGUUCGUAUACAGUUUGGCUUUGAUUUAUGGCUUUAUGGUAUGUUUAGUUAUAUUGUUGAGAGCUAUUUGGAACCUUGAAAUACCGACAAGGGGAAAGCGACGAGAAAAACGUAAGUAACGAUCGGUGAAUUUGCACCGGUUCAGCGAACCUGAUCUGUUGUGCAGUAUUGUACAUGUAUAUCUGAUGUCAAUUCGGUCAUCUUUUUGCGUUUAAUAGUGCUCACUACAGCAGGGACCCUUCGAACUAUUAGCUUUACAUCAAUUUAUGCGAAAUUAAAGCUGCUGGCUAAUUUGCUUCCCCUUUCGGCGGUCCUGUAGCUGUGGAAUCGACUUGUAAGCGAAACGACCCGUUUCCUGUGGCAGCUGUCCUCAUUUAAGAGGUACGAAGAAAGGAAAGCGCGCGACCUAGCUGUCAGCUAAGCUCACGUUCUUUUGCUUUUUGAACGUUGUAUAUUACUAAUACAAAGUUCAAAAAAAUGGAAUGACCCUCACGCGGUACAAACGGCUUAUCUACAAAAUACAGGGCAAUUUUCUAAGUAUAUUCCUUUGCAUUGGGCGGUACCCUGCGAGCAGAGGGUUCGCAUGGCUUUUAGCGUUUAUAAUACCAAGUCAGUGGCGUAGUAGGUUUGUUUACGCGCUGAAAACCUCUGCAGCGAGCCGCUUGUUAUUUGCGUUGUGCAUGUGUUACGAGUUAGCGACAAGAGGAAUAUUUAGUUCGCUGACUAAACGUAAGGAACGCAGCAGGGUGUUCGGAACAGUGACAGGAUGAGUUAUAGUUAUUCCAAAAAUGAACGUGGCAUCACAGCGGCACCUCUACGACAUAACUCACAACUCUGGACUUGUAAACAAUGAACACGGCCUCCGCCAAAAACUGAACCCACGAACCUGAUCAAAACGAGUGUUCUUGUUUAUUUGCGAAGUCGAGUUCUAGAACGUUCGAACAGGUCUAAUAAUAGUACGCUCAGUGAGCUCCUAAAAUAAACAAUCUGAGAAUAGUCAUGCAAUGUCACGCUAGUCACGCUAGACACUUUUUGGCAACAUAACCCCCUCUUGAGAAGAAACGGGAACAGAAAAAUUGUUAAAUUGAUGGCUUCUACCUUGAAAUUGUACCUUUGUAGGAACAUCACCCAUUGCAUGAGUUGUGCGUUAGCAUGUCUUGCGCUGUCCAUGUACUUUAAGUAUUUAAUGGUUAGUGGACUGUCUGCAACACAUAUGGUACUCCAUACGAGUAUAAAUGAAAUCUCUUGAUUCCCCACACAAUCACAAUUAAGUCACUCUUUCUCGAUUGUACAUUUAGAGUCGUUGCACUUUGCGCUUAACAAUUUCUUGCUGGUUAAUGACUGUAAAGGAGUUGAUGUUUUCAUGAUCAUUUCUCUGUAGCUCCUGCCUGCCUUCUUGACCCUGAGCUUGGUGAACACUAUUUCCUGAGAACAGCAUCAAAUAUCAGGAUCCAUUAUGUUGCUAAAGGAGACACAGGCAAACCACUUAUGCUGUGUCUUCAUGGGUUCCCUGAGGUAAUGUUAACAAUGCUGCUUCUGUUUGUUUUCACAGCCUCUGCAUCCAUAGAUGUUAAAUAAAUGUACAUUAAAACUACCAAAAAGUUAAAAAAGGUGACAAUUACAUCAUCUUUCCAUUUCAGGUCUAUACUAGCUAGCCUGCGCCACAAAACUGAUGAAUCAAAACUCUGGUUAAGUCUGUCUGUGAAACAGCACUAAAGUCUUUGUUCUGGGUUCCACACCAGGAUUUGAGUACACGCCAUGAUAAUGGCCUGUUAAAAAAGUCAUUGUAGAUUUGCCAAUCCGACUAUGAAAGAAAAUUUGAAACACGUUUCUGAAACUUUGUAGAGUCUGUUGGGGGCACAGAACAUUAGGAUCUGGGUGUUGCUUUGCAGACAUUACUAACUGAGGUUGAAUUGCAUCUGCAUGGCACAGGCUAAUACAGGUCUACAGCUACAAGGGUUUACUUGUUACGAUGUAUAACAGAUUAAAAUAGGAUAUGAGUUAGUGAGCAAAUUGCUUAAUAGACAAUGUAAAUUAAUAUUAAUAUACUGGCCUUAAGAACCACUGACCCUGUUUUUCUGUUUUAAAUAUUAAAAUCACUUUGCAGUUUUGGUAUUCCUGGCGAUAUCAGCUCAAAGCCUUUAGUGAUAAUUUCCGGGUGGUUGCAGUGGAUUUGAGGUACUCCAAAAACUAUAAUCAUUUAUUAUUAAACGCCUAAGAAAAACGUCACAUCAAGAAUUUUCUCUGGCAUUGCCCUGUGGCCCCUGGCACUCUUAGGCAACAAGGAAAUCUUGGUUUUUUCAUGCAAAACACUAUACUCAACACACUGGAUUUCAUAGAUUUUAUAGAGCAACAGGGUAAUAUCAGUUCCUCUUAUAGUGCACUACCCUUGACAUUAAUUUAUACCAUACAUGUAAUUCAAAAGCUUUGGGGAGAAUGCAUGGGUACAAGCUUGAUCCAGCACAAUGAUUUCUUGAAUCAUUCGGGUGAACAAAGCAUCUUAUGAUAUUAGACAUCAAUCAGUUGCCUUGAUCACCAUCGUCCCAUCAUAGCUAACAUGUGUCCACCCUAAUGAUCCAAGAAAUCUGAGUGCACUGAAAAUUUUGAAAACACAACUUUUGUUUUAGGGGCUAUGGUGAAAGUGACAGUCCCAAAGGGCGAGAACACUACAAGACGUCAUUAUUGGUUAACGAUAUUAAAGAAAUUGUAAGUGCACUUACAUGUAUUACUGAAACAGCAGAUUGAAUGAAGAAUUUAAAUACAAAACUUUUGAGGUUAUAUAUCAAGCAUGAGAAGUAGUGUUUCAUCACCACAGGAAACAUUGACAAGAGAGUUGAAAAUACAAUGCGCAGCGGAGUAUUUUUGACGAACUUCGAGGUGUUUCAGCUGGUGAUGAAACACUGUCGAAUGCUUGAUAUAUUAUUUACUUCUCAAACAAAAUGAUUUUAGAAGGAGAAAUAAAUUAAGGAUGCAAAAAUGAGCAGUUUUUUGUCUGAUUUCCAAACUGCCAUUAAACUUAAAUGUCCUUUGUAUUUUCUUUAUGAAUUUUUGAUGAGUUUGAGAAGGUUGGAUGACAAUUUGUCUAUAAUAAACAAAUAAUUUUGUGGAUUCAAAGUCUUUUAAUAAAAAUAAAUGCUUUAGAAAAAUUAGGAAUCAAAAAUAAAAAAGAAUAGAAAAAAUAUUAAAUAUAAAAGAUAAGAAUAAUGAAAAUAUUAUUUUCCUUGGCUGUCUGUACAGCUUUGAGUACAUUAAUUGUCUAAUUCUAUUUAAUGACAAUCAUUAUGCCAAUUUCAUAAUAAUUUAUUAUAACGUAUUAUUAUUAUUGCAUUAACUGCAUUAUUAAAAAAAUAAAUGCUGGGGAGAUAAUCAUCAUAAUUUUUUGCACAGCAGCGGGUUAAAAGAAAUUUUUUUUUUCAAUUAUUUCAUAGCAGCACCCUUUAUAUUUAGAGGACGCAAGCUCUUAAAAGACUAACGUUUUUUUAAAAUUUCUUCACAGAUUGAGGCACUUGGAUACACGUCUUGCACUUUGUUGAGUCAUGACUGGGGUGGAGCCUUGGCGUGGUAAGGCGGCCAGUGCACCAUAAUAAUCCUUUAACUCUCAAGAUGUGAUCAACAUCAAUUUUCUGAUGUGAAGAUACAUUAGACAUGACUAGAACAGCAAGAGCAAACUGAUGUUAGAGUUCAACGCUAAUAUUAAUAAUAUUUUAUUUGUUGUUGUAAAAUUAAGUGUACUGUGAGCAGCCCAUAAGAAGAAGGCAGGUAGAGAAGGUGAACCUUUCUAUUUGCAUCACUGUAUGCUUCCCUCUGGCCGUAUUUAUUCUCUGCAGCCCUGCAAAGUGUUAACGCUAAUGAGCACCUGUGCCAUCUUAUAGGAGAAACCCUGGUAGCAAAGGUUUUUUGCGGCAGUGGGUUUGUUUAGUCAGGGGGUAUCUACUUUGAUAAAUCUUUUUCUCUUUGUUUUAAAUUCAGGACGUUUGCCCACAUGCAUCCAGAGUUUGUAGACAAAUUGAUAGCUUGCAACAUACCACACCCUAGGUUAGUACCAGCUAGCACUUAUUAGGCUGACUUAUCAACAGAACCGGAAAGUCGGUUGACGACGGUGCGCGUACGUACGAACCAAAAUUUUUUCGAUGUAUAUAGAUAACCACAGUUUCUUUCCCAUGGUGCUUUGCUGUAUGCAUGAGGGCUCUGCUCUAAAGUUUACUACUAUAUACUGUGUCGCCUGUGUCACUAAUUCUUAAACCGUAAAAAUUUGGAAUACCAACAUGUGCCUAUCGCGGUACGUGUACGAUGUAUGGGCUCAAUCCCGUUUAUCUGAAGAAAACCUUUGCCAGGUAGUAGAAUCAACCUCCCAAAAAAAAGCUUUAGCUUUAUUAUUAUGAGAAAAAGGUUGAACCAGGUUGGCCAAUAGCGCUGGUGCAUACUCUUAUUGCCCAAAUAGGCGCUAGACAAGCGGAAUCGUUUACAUGGAAAAAAUUUGCCCUGGCCAGGAGGUUAACCCUACCAUCACAAAACGGUGACCUAGUUCAAGGCGGGUAAACCUUCCAGCUUUAGCCUGUACACAGACGUUUUAUUUUUCUCGUCGUUGUCGAUAAACCCUCUGCGGUUUCUGUCAUUUAUCACGCGCGCUCGACGGACUUUAAAAAGAAAAUAGAGGCCUGUGAACAGGCUAUUCUAGCUUAGCCAACUUUUUGCGUCUCGUGUAAACACUGUAAACGGUUCGUCAUGUCUUGCAAGGAAAUGUAUGAGAAGUUGGCUCGCUCAGGGUAGCUUGGAUAGGGGUGGGUAGGGGGGGGACGGAGGCGGGGGCGGCGGUGACCCUUCUAUCCGGGGAAACUUUGUACUAUUCUAGCUUACAGUGUAAACGGCUCGCCACGUUUUGUAAGGAAAUGUAUAAGAAGUUGGCUCGCUCAGAGUAGCUCGUGUAGGCGUGUGACCCUUCAACCCGGAUAAACUUUUCUCCAUGUAAGCAGGGCCUAAUGCAUAUCUGUUUCUCUCCAUCAGAUGCUUUUUCCAGCCGUCCAAACCACAGUUCUUUCGCACUUGGGUAAGAGUAACUUUGGUCAGUGGUACCUGUAUACACUGUAAUAUCGCGCGCUGAGUAAAUUUUACGAGUCCCCAUUCCAAAUCACUUAGGAAAAUUCCUUCAGUGGAAAAUUAGCCGGCGGGCGCUGGCUCGCCCGAAUUUUCCCUUGCUGCCUUGAAAAUUUUGUUGAGAAAAGAUCAGAGCAAUUUUUCCUAUAGUGAUGAUUAUUUAGUAAUUCUCCUAACCUUUCUACUUGAUUAUGUAUUGACAUGGUUACUAAGGAGAAAAUUGACGUUGAUCACUUUUGGGACUUUAUAAAGGGUUGAGACGAGUUAUAAUUCUUGUUUUUCAGUACUUCUGUUACAUUCAAUUGCCAUACCUUCCAGAGUUCGAGACGGAGGUGAAUGACUACAGGAUUUUAAGCACGGCUUUUAAGGUACUGUGCUGUGCAAAUAUUUGGGACCACAGUCAACCUUGGACACCAUACAUGUAGCGAAAACGGCUCUUUAUAAAGUACAGUCAUGUUGUUUUUAGUCUGAAAUGUCGUGCGUCUCCACCCCCUAACCCUUGGGCUCCGUGAAACGUCGCAUUGGAAUUAAGGAAGUUUCACUCUUUUACUGACAGCAUUAAAAGUGUGUUGCAUGUCCAAAGUUGCGUCGUCCGACCUCAAAGCAACCAUUGAGAGCGCGCACUGUUGGAAAGAAACUGCCAGCUAUAUAGCAAUGUUUACGCCUCUUGCGUGUUCAACUUGUUACCGAACUAACUGUAGUGAAGUUGAGGUAACAGUUGCAGAACUGAGAAGACCUGAACGAAUUCUACUUUUUCGGCACGCAUCGCAGCGCCUUUGUUUGUUUGAUGUUCUUGUUUUCGCCGCCGUGCUUUAUCAUAGGAAUCGUAGUUAACUUGGUUAGAUUGAGAGCUACAUGUAACAAACUGUCACAUUUGUUCCUUUGCUUUUACAAGGACGUGGGUUUCGCAGAUGAAGAGGUGGAAGCUUAUAAGUACGCUUUGAGUCAGAACGGUCUCAGUGGUCCUUUGAACUAUUACAGGAAUGCAGUGUUACCUGAUGCACCUUGGGGACUGUUAAACACCAAGAUAAAGGCCCCAACUCUUGUUGUAUGGGUAUGUAGAUAAAGCCUACAUGUAGCUGCACCCCUCCCUCCCGAAACUACACGUACAGGCUAGAGUAGAUAGUUCUCUUCUUCCCAUGAGCCUCGUUGCUGCCUUUGCCUUAAGGAUGCUGGGAAGCAAUCUCUUUCCCAGGGUGUCUCGUCUUUCUGGGAACGAGACUUGCUGGGAAGAGGGGACAAAAGAAAGCGCGCUGGGGACAAUGGGAAGGGAAAAAUCUAGAAACUAUAUUCAAUUUCCCAUCGAGAGCAAUCGAAAGCUGAAGAUUUUAAAAUUCAGUUAGUUUUUAUCCUUCUUGGUAAUAUUACGGGGAUUAACGAGUUUUUUUGUGAAAAUUAUUUUUAGGGCACGGCGGAUACGUUUAUCACUCUUGAUACCUUGGAAGGAACAGAGGAAUAUGUUGAAGAUCUGACAAUCAAGUAAGGAAAUCACUGUAUUUUGUCUCUUACAAAUGUUCCGUUGAAAGUAAGUGUUGACUGAUGACCUGAUGCACCGACCGAUGGUUUCAGGUAGCUUAUAACAUUGUUGCGACAUCGUUUCGAAAGGCUGCAGCAUUGUCCCGACAUUUGAACCCUGUGUUGUGCUAAAACUCGUCUUUGCAAAUUGUCUCGUGUGACAUCACCUUUAAAGAUGUCACAACGUCAAAAAAGCAAUAGGUUGAAGGGGCAAAACAACAACUCUACACUUGCAGCAUGCUUUUUUUUACAUUUCUUUGUCAUCGCUGCACGACUACGACGUAAAAAUGCCUAGUUUCACUUUUUUCGGAGGGCUUAAACGAGCGACGACGAAUUUUCCUUCUCUUUCUGAACUUGGAUAUGAAUGUAAGGAGUUCGACUUCAGAAUAGUUCGCUUGCAUUUGGUAAAGUUAGCAAAAUGGAAUCUAUCGCGAUAGAGUUUGAAACAAUAGAAAUUCACUUUAUAAGCGACUUUCAGUUCGCGGACGUCGCCGUCGUGGUGUCUUAAACUCCCUACUGCCGGAUCUGACGGAUAGGCUGACUGGUAGUGUGACCAUACAUUCCUUGUGGUUUGUCACGCAAUUUCCUAUUCACUUAAGUCUAUCCUUCCCAACGAACGUUUGUAGGGGAAGAGAGGUCGCAUGACGAGACAAAAAACUGAUUGACUUUACUGACCGACUAAUCAACAGGUCAAGCCAACUGUAACCUUAUUGACCACCAACUGGCUGACUGAACUUAAAUCAAGCCUUUUUGAGAAAUUUUGUUGUUAAAUAGUACCAUGGACAGUGACGUUUUAGCCAAUGAAUUCUAUGACAUUAAUGACAUUGAUUUGUUGUGUUAAUCUGGUGUAAUGUUUUAAGGAUCAUUUGACCACCUACCUCUACCCUAAGUUACAAUUUUGCCGUAAGUGAGAAGUAAGUGUUAAUGUUGAUUUAGGGGAGGGGUAGGUGGGCAGUUACCCAGAAACCUUAAUUGAAUAUAUAUUAUCUUUAACAGGUAUGUCGAUGGAGCAAGUCACUGGGUGCAGGUGCAUAAACCGGAAGUUGUGAAUCAACACAUCCGGGACUUUUUAGCUGUUCAACGCAACUAA